UCUAUGUUCCGCCUGUGGCCGGUGUUCCAUCCUCCUUUUCCAAGAUGUCGGUGUUCGGGCCAGUGGUGAAAAUUCACCCCGUAGUUCUCGCUUCUAUAAGCGACUCGUACGAGCGCAGGAAUGAGGGAGCGAUCCGUGUGAUCGGGACAUUGUUGGGUACUGUUGACAAACACUCCAUCGAAGUGACCAACUGCUUCUCUGUCCCACACAACGAGUCUGAGGAUGAGGUGGCUGUGGACAUGGAGUUUGCUAAGAACAUGUACGAGCUCCACAAGAGGGUCUCCCCCACUGAGGUCAUCAUUGGCUGGUACGCCACAGGCUUUGACAUCACAGAACAUUCAGUGCUCAUCCAUGAAUACUACAGUCGUGAGGCCACCAACCCCAUUCACCUGACUGUGGACACAGCACUGCAGAGCGGCAAGAUGAACAUCCGUGCCUAUGUCAGUGCACAGAUGGGUGUUCCAGGGAAGACGGUCGGUGUGAUGUUCACUCCACUCACUGUUAAGUACAUCUACUACGACACAGAGAGGAUAGGAGUUGACCUCCUACAGAGGACACGCUUGGCCACCGGUCGCACCAAAGGACUGGCCUCAGACCUGUGCCAGGUCGGAGGAGCCGCAGCCAGGAUGCAGGACAUGUUGACCACAGUCCUGGCCUACGUGGAGGACGUUCUGUCUGGUAAGGUGACGGCAGACAACAGCGUGGGCCGCUUCCUGAUGGACCUGGUCAACAAGGUGCCCACCAUCUCAGCGGAGGACUUUGAGAACAUGCUCAACUCCAACAUCAACGACCUACUGAUGGUGACCUACCUGUCCAAUCUGACCCAAGCACAGAUCGCUCUGAACGAGAAGCUGGUGCUGCUCUAAGAUCUGUUGAAAGUCCUUCGUAUUUAAUUUUUGUACACCUUGAUUUUGACUGAGAUGCAGAAUAAAGAUGUGAAACAGUCAA